GAAACAGAACGCCCUGUAGUCACUAAGCGUUUCCCUCUGCAUCAACUUGGCCAGAGAAACUCCCCACCCCCUAUCCCUCCCCCAAGCUAACCCUGCGACUCGCUGCCAGUGGCAAGGCGGAUGGGAGCUGCGAGAGGGAGAAGCGUCUGAAAUUUGGAGACAUGGCAGAAAGUCCGCAGGAGCCCGGCCUCAAUACAGGAAACGAGGCCGAGAGUAGGGAACAAGGGGAGAAGGCGGAGGGAACCCAGCUCAACCUGCUGGAGACGUGCGCCGUCUGCAAGCUCAAUUUCCAAAGUCGAGAUCCCAAGCUGCUGCCAUGUCUGCACUCCUUCUGCAAGAAGUGUCUGCCGGAGCCUCUCAGGCACUUAGUGCUGCCGGGUGCAGCCGCCGCGGGCAAUCUGACAGAUUCCACCUCUCCACAGCAUCAGCAGAUCGGUGUGAUCCGUUGUCCAGUUUGCCAUCAGGAAUGCAGACAACCAGAUAUCAUAGACAACUAUUUCGUCAAGGACACGACUGAAGUGCCCAGUAGCACGGAUGAGAAAUUCAACCAGGUGUGUACGAGCUGUGAGGAUAAUGCCGAGGCCAGUGGCUUCUGUGUGGAGUGUCUCGAGUGGCUGUGUAAAACCUGCAUCGAGGCCCAUCAGAGAGUCAAGUUUACAAAAGACCACACUGUGAGGCAGAAGAAGGAUGUGUCACCAGAGGCGGUCAGUGUGUCCAACCAGCGAAUGCUGUUCUGCCCCAUCCACAGGCAGGAGCAGCUCAAGCUUUUCUGUGAGACCUGCGAUCGGUUAACAUGUCGAGACUGUCAACUGCUGGAGCACAAGGAACACAGAUACCAGUUUCUAGAAGAGGCCUUUAAGAACCAGAAAGUCAUCAUUGAUACGCUGACUGCCAAGCUUCAGGAGAAAAGAAACUACAUCCAGUAUGCAGCCACUCAGAUCCAGAACAGGAUUAAUGAAGUCAAUGAAAAUUGUAAGAAGGUCGAGCAGGACAUAAAAGUGGCCGUUUUCACGCUCAUGAUCGAGAUCAACAAGAAAGGGAAAGCUUUGUUGCAGCAGCUGGAGAGUGUAACCAAAGACCGUCAAGCAAAGCUCCUCCAGCAACAACUGGAGAUCUCUGGGGUAUCCAAACAAGUGGAGCAUGUCAUGAACUUUGCCAAGUGGGCUAUCUCCAACAGGAGCAGCAUUGCCUUGCUCUACAGUAAAAGACUGAUCACCUUUCAGCUGAGGUACAUCCUCCGAGCCCGAUGUGACGCGUCUCCAGUCGCGACCAGCUCCGUUCGGUUUCACUGCGACCCAACCUUCUGGGCUAAGAAUGUUCUCAAUUUGGGUUCUUUGGUCUUGGACAAGAAUCCACCGGCCUCUAGUGGUGCCCCCAACACGUCCCCAGGCCUGAACAUGCAGUCCCAGGACAGUAACACAGCGAAGGUGCACGGCCAGAUUAACCUGGCCCAGCUACGCCUCCAGCACAUGCAGCAGCAGGUCAUGGCUCAGAGGAUUCAGCAGCGUAUGCACCAGAUGAGGCCUAUCCUGCCGGUCGCCCAGCAGCCUAGGCCCCCAGGCCCACACUUAGGCCAACAGCAGCCGCCUCUGUCUCCCAACAGCCAGUCCCUGCAGCCACCUCGCCUGAUCAGCCUGCAGAGCCUGCAAAGGGGCAGCACCAGUGCGCCGCCUCCCCCUGCCCAGCAGAUGCGCAUGCCUCCCAACACGGUCAGGAUGACGGGGCCCCAGCAGUAUGUGGUAACCAGCCCACUAAUGAGGCAGCACCACAAUCCUGGAAACACGAGGCCCUUCCUAGUAGGCAGCUCGGCAAACCCCUCUUCCCCUUCAAUGCUCCUCGUGACUCCGAGUGGGGCUUCCACACACCCGAUUCCAAUGACAGCUGUUACCAACCCAGAGCAUCUCUCCUGUCUUCCCGAUAUACCUCAAAUUCAGCUGGAUGAUGCGGGAUCAGUGUUGCUGGAAAGCUUGUUGAACAGAGAGCGGAACGGAAAUAGUGUGGCAACAAAACCUUCAGCAACCAGCACCAACCCUUCCCCUGGCCCUUCCAUCCCUUCUCCUGGCCAUUCAGAGUUAGUGACUGUCACCAACGCUAAUGUCCCAGGACGUACACCCAGCACCUCCAGCACUGGUAGCAGAGGGAGUUGCACCUCGUCGAGUAGGUUAUCGAGGCCGGAGUCUCAGCAGAUGACCCCAGUUGUCCGCCUGGAAACCAUUAAAAUCAAACAGGAGGCUGUGAAUGAGGAUGACCUGUGUGAUUUCCCCAUCAUUGUUGUGAAACAAGAGCCUGGGGAGGAAGAUACAGAUCCUUGUGAGCUGACCAAUCCACAGGACAACACCACCCCUCUACUGCCUGGUAAGUUGGAGUCGGAUGGACAGGCGGCCGGACACAGAGAUGGUUUGGCUAAAGCAGACCCUCCGGACAGCACGGCAUCCCCCUCCUCCAAUCCCAGGGACUCCCAGGAUGGGGGGUCCCAAACCCUGGGGGCGUCUCACAAGCCAGCACGGAUCGGGGGAGACCAUGGGAAAGAGGAUGAUCCCAACGAGGACUGGUGCGCUGUCUGUCAGAAUGGGGGUGACCUGCUGUGUUGCGAGAAGUGCCCCAAAGUGUUUCAUCUCGUCUGCCACGUGCCAGCUCUCCUCAACUUUCCAAGUGGUGAAUGGAUAUGCACAUUCUGUCGUGACCCAGUGAACCCGGAAGUGAUGUAUGACUGCGAAGACCAAUGGCAAGUGGGUGAAAAGAGGAGGGUGUGUGCAGCCCCAGAGAUGCCUCCCGUCGAUCAAAGGAAAUGUGAGAACCUGCUGCUGUCCAUGUACUGUGACGAACUGAGUGUCGCUUUCCAAGAGCCAGUUCCUGCCUCUGUUGUUCCUGACUACUACAAGAUUAUAAAGAAGCCAAUGGACAUGUGCACUGUGAAAAUUAAACUGCAGAAACAACACACACAGCACUAUCACACGGCUGAGGAGUUUGUGGCCGAUGUCAGGCUGAUCUUUAAGAAUUGUGAGGAAUUCAAUGAGCCGGACUCUGAGGUGGCUCAUGCUGGUAAGACGUUGGAGCAAAUCUUUGAGUUAAAGCUGAUGGCGCUGUUUCCGGACAGGACUUUCCCAGCCCUGCCGCCCGCCAGAGCGGACAGCGAGAGCCCGAAGGUCAACAUUGACUCGGAGGAUGACGACGAUGAUGUUGUCCAGCCUCGGAGAAAGCGUUGCAAAGGGAGAGACAGCCCCAUCUUCAUCAAAUGACUGUAAAACAAUCUUGUUACAUAGACUUGGUGAUGACUGUAAUAUUUGUAUCAUAGAAAUAAUAUUUAAGAAGCGAUGCUUGAAAAAUCUAGUUAGUGAUGAACACUAUUCUGUAUUAGAAGUACAAACCAGCAGGUGGUGAAUUAAAGACAUUUCUGCCACUUUUUGUUUGUGAAUUCCAAUAUGAGUCACCACUUCUGGCCCACGAUUGCAGUUGCUGCUCACUUCAAGGUGAAUGAGUGGUUGCUGCCCCAAUGACAGGACCUGCAGGUAAAUUGACAACCGGUGAGAGAUCCCUGGGUAACUGCUAAACCACCAGGCCAUCGAUGAGGUCGGGUCGCUCUGCUCUUACACGAUGUUUGAAGCUACCCACAGCUAUUUUUUUUUGGGGCUGUAUCUUCACAACACAACACCUGAGGAAGUUUGCUACUGUUGUAGUGUAUCAAACACUAAUUAGGCAGUAAGUUGACAAGACAGCUUUUAUUGGAGUUAAAAUAUGGCAGCAUUGACAGGUUUCUUCUAAGAUAUAGAGCAUACAAACUUGAACCCCCAAUUUUAAUAUAAGUCAUGCACCCUGAUAACAACUUAAAUAAGAACUACACCUGUUGAAACAAAAACAGAAAUUGCUCAAAAAACUCAGCAGGUCUGGCAGCAGCUGUGCGGAGAAAAUAAGAGUUAACAUUGCAGCUCCAGUGAAACACAUUUACUGUGCUUUUUUUGCAGAUGCUGACAGUAUGUUCACCUGGAUAACUCAUUGUGAUUAAUGAACAAAAAUGGCAAUAUGAAAUUGAAUAGAUAGCAGGAACGGCAGAUGCUGGAGAAUAUGAGAUAACAAGGUGUACAGCUGGAUGAAUGCAGUAGGCCAAGCAGCAGCAGAGGAGCAGGUUCGCUGAUAUUUCGGGCCGAGACCCUUUUCAGAAAUGAAACGGAUCUAGGCGUGAAAUGUCAUCUUUCCUGCUCGGCCUGCUGUGUUCAUCCAGCUCUAAACCUUGUCAUCUGAGAAUGAAAAAAAUGCUGGCUUUCCAGUUUGUCGUCGUAAUAAAUCCUCAACUCUUAAAGCCACAUCAUUAGCAUAAUUUAAAAGAAUGUUUUCAACUACUACGCCUCUUGCUCCAAAAAAAAUCUUGUACAAGCUUCAGCUGGAGUUGAGACUGCAUUGAUGGUCAUUCAUCACCUAAAGGUUGGGAUGAAGGAACAUAAUGUUAGUAUACUAAGUAAGGACUGCUGAUGGUAAAUGAAGACAUCGCGGUUGUAUUUACGUAGUUAAAUGAUACCAUUAAGAUUUUCUUGAAAUGAAUGAUGCACAAGAUUCACAAGUACUUUGGCUACAGUAGGUAACAGAGGAAUAAUUUUGCCUCGUGAUGGUCAGGUGUGCUAUUGGCAGUGCUUAUAACAUAGUCAUACAGGGAGACUUGCAAAACGUUAUUCUGCUGCUGAAGGUGUUGGAACGCCAAUUCAUCAGAGUACCUGAGGUGGAUUAGUGAUAGUUGAGGUCCUGCCAGAAGGAAUACAAAAUGAUAGCUAAGAAAUGGGGUUACAGGUGUACUCACCAAUUUCACUGGAGGCUGAUGAAGUUUUAAAAACUUGAGUUCUGUCAGAAGAAAAUAUGAAAGAUUUAGUGCUCAUCAACGUGACUUGACACUGAGCAAACAUCAAUUGGUGAGAGAGACACUAAAACAAAAUAGGUACAGGAAGGAGCCUGCCACACCCUCUCUAAAGUGCUUAAGCGACUGCAUUAUUCCAAACCGUCCUUUUUGGACAAUGGCAUGCUUGUGCAGACCCCCAUGGCUGCAACAAAUAAUGGGUUCUCUUCAUGAUGAAGGGCCUCUCUGUCCGUGCUGACAACCACACCUUUCUGAAGACUCCCUUCACGAUCAAUGGAUUGGUCUGCCUGUGGAAAAAAUUCUCUAUGUAGCUGCAUUGCAGAGCUUGUUACUCUUUGCUUGUGUUGAAUGAGCUCUCUCUGUGGAAAGGUUUUCAUGUAUGAUUACUAUUGUCUGUUAUUCAUUAAUGAGGCAUAAACAAGGGAAAUUAAUGAAGAGGGGAUGUCUGGCACAACAACGUGUGAUGAGAUUGUGUAUCAAUUUCU